AUGUUCUUUGAGAGAGCCAGGUAUGAAAUAUCAAGGAUUGGGACGACGGUGAUGGAAAGUACCCGGUAUCUUCCAAUAUUUCUGUCUUGGAAUACAACUCUCGAGAUUUCUCAUCCUUUACUUUAUUCGGAUAUUCGAGAUAAGUUACUGCCUAAUUUCCUGCUUGAACACAAUUAUCAAGAAUAUGUAAAACGAGCAACGGCUCAACUUGACCAGUUGGUAGAGGACGAAUUGCUUUGCUUUCAAAAAAAUAACAAGCAAUGUCUAUCUCACGACUCGGCUGAAAAUAUGAUUGCUUCCAAACCAUACAAGGACAGCGAAUUGGUGAUGAGAGAUCCCAUCAUUUACCCAGCAGUGAUUGAGCCAGAAAUCAACGAGUACAACGAUACCCAAGUGAUCAUCGCUAUUCCAACAUCGCCAUCACAGUACAUAGAGCGAAUAGCGAUUCGAGCCACAUGGUGCAACUCCACUCUCACAAAGAAUAAGAAGGUGAAAUGCGUAUUCUGUUGUGCUACGAGUGACAUAAGCCCUUAUGUCGACCAGUUUUUGAAAGAAGAAGCCGAGCAAUUCAAUGAUAUUGUACAGUUCCCAUUCAGAAACAGUUACCUCAAUUUGACUCGGCUUCAGUUCUCUUCCUAUUCUUGGAUAGCGAACCACAUUCCCUCUGCCAAAUUCAUCAUUCGAUCUGAUUCAGAUAUGUUCGUGAAUCCCGAUCUGAUCAUGAAGAAGCUCAUUCCAUACCCCAAGAAAGAUUUCAUUUAUGGAGUGUUGAUUGAUGGAGGAGUUCCAAUUCGACACCCGCUAAGCAAGUACUAUUUCCCCAAGUGGUUAUUCGCCGAAGAUCGGUUUCCUGCUUACGUAUCAGGUUGUUUUUACAUAUGGUCCGCUGAUGUGUUGGGGAAGGUGAUCAAUGCUUCCAAUGUCAUUCGACCAAUUCACUACAUUGACGAUGUUUAUUAUGGUCAGAUUUUCCGUCAUUACAAGCUACGAAUCACCCCUGAUCGUGGGUAUCUUUACUGGGACCAAGUUCCUAUCUCCAAUCUCUUUUUCACACAUGUCGCUGCUGCCCAUCGCUACUCUCCCAUCGAUUUAAAGGUAAUUUGGAAGCUGUAUCAUCAUCAAUCCCUUGUUUUUUCAACAAACAUAUUCUAA